GAAAUAUAAACAAAGUCAUGUAUAAAAGUCGAGCUGGGGAAGAACCAUUAUUAUUAACUACAAGAUAUCCAAGAUGAACACACCCAACAGUGCAUAUCCCGACUUGGAAAAGCGAAUGGAAACGUAUAUGCGAAGAAUUUUCUGCCUUAAAGGAAUCGAUACAACGAAUGAGUAUGAUCCAAGUGAAGUGGAAUAUUUUGGGGUCUUCAGCUUAACCGAUGUUAGAGCUCCACGUCGAAAGUUAUGGUAUAUUUACUAUGCGACGUCGGAUCAGGUGGACAAAACUGUGGAUCAGAUCCAUCGUAAAUAUGGACAAAAGAAUAUGUACGAGCUGUUCCGGAAACCGGUGUAUACAGGGGCUGGAAUGCGAUCCCGAGUCAAAAAUCACUUUGGAGGACUGAAGUGGUACGUGAAGGGAAAUGUUUUGGAAGCCCCUCCCGACAGCCCCUAUAAUGAUGAGAAGGUGAUAAACACAAUUGCUGAUUUGUAUCAGGCGGAAAGGAGAAAGUAUUACGAUUAUCUGGUGUCUAGGAACAAUGUUUAUAAGACAUGGACCUACGUGCAUCUGAAUGCGUAACAGAUGCAUCUA